GGUGGGGGGGAGAAAAAAAAGCUGGGCGAGCGUGUGUGCGUGUGCGUGUGCGUGUGCGGGCGGACGCGUCGUGGAGCUUCCAUGAGGAGAAGAUGCUGAACAUGUGGAAAGUUCGAGAGCUGGUGGACAAGGCCACCAAUGUGGUGAUGAACUACUCUGAUAUCGAGUCCAAGGUGAGAGAGGCCACCAAUGACGACCCUUGGGGACCUUCUGGUCAGCUGAUGGGAGACAUAGCCAGAUCCACCUUCAUGUACGAGCAGUUCCCCGAGGUGAUGAACAUGCUGUGGACGAGGAUGCUGAAAGACAACAAGAAGAACUGGAGGCGCGUCUACAAGGCGUUGCUGCUGCUGGCCUACCUGAUCAGGAACGGGUCCGAGAGAGUGGUGACCAGCGCGAGAGAACACAUCUACGACCUGAGGUCUUUGGAGAACUACCACUUCCUCGACGAGAACGGUAAAGACCAAGGCGUCAACGUGCGGCAGAAGGUGAAGGAGAUGGUGGAGUUCGUCCAGGACGACGACCGACUCCGGGAGGAGCGGAAGAAGGCCAAGAAGAACAAGGACAAAUACAUCGGCGUGUCCUCCAACAGCAUGGGAGGAGGAGGAAGCUUCAAGAACUCCACCGAGCUGGAGCGCAGCAAGUGGGACGAGGACUGGGACAAGAGCCGGGCGGCGUUCCCCUUCAGCGAGAAGCUGGGUGAGAUCAGCGAGAAGAUCGGCAGCACCAUCGACGACACGCUCAGCAAGUUCCGCAAGAAGGAGCGAGACGAGUCCCCCGACAGGAUCAGCGACAACGAGGAGGACAGGGCGUCCAGAAACGGUCGCCAGGACGCCCUGGAGUUUAAAGACGAGGAGGAGACGGUGACGACCAAGAGCAUCCAGAUCACGCAGGCCACGGAGACCACCACAACUACCACACGCAAGCGCAGCGGCGGCACCGGCACCAAGACUUUGGACCUUGGCGCGGCCGCCCACUACACCGGAGACAGGAGCGCUGAGGAAGAGUCAUCCGCGAGGAAGUCGCCCGGCGGCGGUCUGGCCGACCUGCUGGUCAUCGAUCCGUCGUCCAAUCAGGGCUCUGCAGCAGGUGGAAGCUCCGACCUCAUCGACGCCUUCGCCGACUUCUCCUCGCCAGCGGCGUCGGCCACUGCGGCGCCGGCCAAUGGCAACGCUGAAUUUGGAGACUGGAGCACCUUCUCCAACCCCCCGCCUUCAUCAAGCUCCGCCUCCUCCCAGCCGGUCGCCAACCUGUUUGGCAGCAUCCAGUCGGCACCUGGCUCCAACCCUGCCCCUGUCCCUCCCUCGGCUGAGCUCUUUGACCUGAUGGGCGGAGUCAACCCGCCGCUGAGCAACGCCGCGCUGAGCGCCUCUCAGAGUUUGACCUUCUCUGUGGGCGGGGCAUCUGUUGCUAUGUCGACCAUGCCGCUCUCUCGUUCCCAGCAGAGUUUGGGAGGUCUCGUGUGUCAGCAGCUGCCCGCCGGGCUUAAGCAACAGGUCGGGAUGGCGGGUCCGGGGUCUUUGGGGUCCACCUGGUCCGACCCGUCGGUCAACAUCAGCCUGGACUUCUUAUCAUCCAGCCACCUUCCCACAAAGUCCCAGGCCACGCUCAACAACAUCCUCCAGCCACAAGGAGCGCCUCCCGUCGCCCUGAUGGCCCAGAACUUUGGGGGACUCAACCUCAGCUCGCCGCCGCCGCACGCCACCCCCGUCGGACCUCUGGCCGGUCACGUGACCUCGGGUCCCGUCGGAAUGGGCACGUUUCCGGUUAACGCCGGCAUGAUGGGAAUGAACAUGAGCAUGAAUAUGGGCGUGUCUGCUCCCGCCAUGAUGGGCGGGAUGAACGGCGUGGGAACGCCGGGCGUUGUUCCAGCCAAACAAGAUGCCUUUUCUAGCUUUGGCAAUUUCGGAAAAUGAACAAGUGUGUGUGUGUGCAGUCAGGACUUGCAUGUAUCUCUGGUGGGGGUCCCGGGGCGUCCAGCGGACCAGAAUGGUGGGUACCGGUCCGUGUUCCAGAACCACAUUUGACUCCACACCGCUCAGGAGGACUUCACCAACAUGAACUUCAAAUGCCGCUCCAUCAUGAACACGUGUGAGUAUUUUCCCACUCGGACGUGUUCAGACUUUGCUACAAACACUUUGCCGGUUUCCCUCCUCACUGUGGACUCGGCAGAACCACACAGACAAGGAAAGACCGUGGACAUCAUGAUGUGGAUCAGCGACUAGGGGUGGGAAUCUUUGGGCCACUAACGAGUCGAUCCGAUUCCUGGAGUAAUGUUCCAAUUCAGAUUCGGGUCUCAAUUUAACGCAUAUUUGGAUUAUUUUCUUUAUUUGAAUUUAGGGCUGCAACAACUAAUCGAUUAUAAAAAUAGUUGGCGAUUAAUUUAGUCAUCGAUUCGUUGGAUCUAGCAGAGGCUUUUUUUUUUUUUUUUUUUUUUUAAAUAAAUAAACCUUUAUUUAUAAACUGCAACAUGUACAAACAGCUGAGAAACAAUAAUCAAAAUAAGUAUGGUGCCAGUAUGCUGGGUUUUUUUCAAUAAAAUACUGGAAAGGAUAGAAAUGUAGUUUGUCUCUUUUAUCCGAUUAUUAAUCGAAGUAAUAAUUGACAGAUUAAUCGAUUAUCAAAUUAGUUGUUAGUUGCAGCCCUAUUUGAAUUAGAUUUUGGAUUAUUUUCUUUAUUUGAAUUUAGGGCUGCAACAACUAAUCGAUUAUAAAAAUAGUUGGCGAUUAAUUUAGUCAUCGAUUCGUUGGAUCUAUGCUAUGCGCAUGCGCAGAGGCUCUUUUUUUUUUAUUUCUUUUUUUAAAUAAACCUUUAUUUAUAAACUGCAACAUUUACAAACAGCUGAGAAACAAUAAUCAAAAUAAGUAUGGUGCCAGUAUGCUGUGUUUUUUUCAAUAAAAUACUGGAAAGGAUAGAAAUGUAGUUUGUCUCUUUUAUCCGAUUAUUAAUCGAAGUAAUAAUUGACAGAUUAAUCGAUUAUCAAAUUAGUUGUUAGUUGCAGCCCUAUUUGAAUGAGAUUUUUGAAAAUAUUAAAUGGAUUUAGGAUCGAGAUGAAUAAGAAUCGCGAUUCGGAUGGGAAUUAUUUUUUUUUGUGUGCACAAGAUGUUGCACUCAAAAACAUCGACAUUAAGGGUGUGGAUCUUUGGGCACCUAACAAGCGGGUGAUGAUUUGAUUCCGAGUCGAUUCUCGAUUCAACAUGAUUUUCAAUUUAAUGGAAAAAAAACAAAACUUCUUUAUUUGGAUUUGAUUUUUGAAAAUAACAUUGAUUUAGGAUCGCGAUGCCUAAGAAUCGCGAUUCGUACGGGAAUUGAUUAUUUAAUUUUUUUUGUGCGCCUCCUACUGUCAGUACCCGGAUGUUGCACUGAAAAACAUAGACAUUAAGGGUGUGAAUCUGUGGGCACCCAACAAGUCGGUCCGUUUUUUCGGAGGUGAUGAUUUGAUCCAGAGUCGAUUCUCCAUUUAAUCCGAUUUUCAAUUGAAUAAAAAAAAAGUGUUUCUUUGUUGGAAUUCGAUUUUUCUAAAUAAUAAAUUGAUUUAGAAUCGUGAUGAAUAAGAAUUGCGAUUUGGAUGGGAGUCAAUUUUUGAUUUUGAUUUUUUUUUUGUGCCCCCCUACUGUCAGUACCCGGAUGUUGCACUCAAAAACAUAGACUUUAGGCCUGGGAAUCUUUAGGCACCUAACGUUACGAUUCCAUUCCUGGGGUUCCGAUUUGAUUCAGAAUCGAUUUCAAUUUAACAUGGUUUUCAAUAUAUAUUUUUGUAUUUUUCAAAAUGAUUUCUUAUUAAUUUAAUUAGAUUUUUAAAAGUAGUACAUUUAUUUAGAAUCAGGAUAAAUAACAAUCGUGAUUUUUUUUUGUGCACCCCUAUUGUCAUUGCACUCAAAAACAGACAAUAGGGGUGUGACUCUUUUGGGCAUCUAACGAUUCGAUCCGAUUCCCAUUUCUGGGGUGACUAUUUGAUUGAGAAUUGAUUCGCAAUUCAACACGAUUCUCGAUUUAAAUAGAUUUUUGCAAUGUAUUAUUUAAUAUAAUUAGGAGGAAACUUUUUCAAAACGGGCUAAAAAUGCUCCUUCCGGUUGCAUAGAGAUGGCCUUUUUUAAUCGAUUUUUGAAAAUGACAAAUGGAUUUAGAAUCGGGAUGAAUUAAGAAUCGUGAUUCGGAUGUAAAUCGAUUUUUUGGAGAGAUGGACCCAAAGGAGAUUGGUGUGUGCUGUAAGAGUGCAAGAGUGUGUGUAUUAAAGUGUAUGUGUGUAGUCACAACUAAGCAGAGCUUGUUGUCACUCUUGAGACAAUGUGCUCCAAAAUGACCAAAUCUUUAUUUUGUUACUCUCAAAAAAAAAUUACUCCAUAGAUUUUAGUUUCGUAUUAAUUUACUUCUCUUCAUACAGGAGCGCUACCGAUUACAUUGUUCAGUUGACGCAAAUCAUGUUUUUGUUUUUCUUUAUUGUAUAUUUUCUGUAGUUUGUCCCUCCGUUGUAUUAAAUUAUAACAAUAAGAA